UGGCUGCUGCAUGUAUGACGUCAGAGCCGCAGGAGCGAAGAACAGCUGCUUCUUCUUAGCUGAGUCUCUCACUCUGGCUGCUAGUGAGGACUGGAGCUUUUCUCCUCUGCAGGACAAAAACUACAGGAGACUCAGCUUUAUUUCAUCAUUCCACUGAUACCCUGCAACUGAGGAAACAUGGGCAAGGGAUUCAGAGGCACCGUCACAGAUCACCCUAAUUUUGACGCUAACAGUGAUGCUGAAGCCCUCUACAAUGCCAUGAAAGGCUUUGGAAGUGACAAGGAAGCCAUUUUGGACCUGGUCACCUCUAGAAACAACGCUCAGAGACAGGAGAUCCGCUCUGCCUACAAAUCCCUCUACGGGAAGGAUUUGAUUGCCGACCUUAAGUAUGAACUGACGGGCAAGUUUGAGCGUCUGAUUGCCAGUUUAAUGUUACCUCCUGCUUAUCACGAUGCCAAAGAAAUCAAGGAUGCUAUCAAGAGCGCGGGAGCUGGGACAGAUGAGAAGUGCCUGAUUGAAAUACUCGCCUCAAGGACUAACGAACAAAUCCACAGCCUAGUGGAGGCUUACAAAGAUGCUUACGGUAGAGAUGUCGAGCAGGACGUUAUAGGAGACACCUCAGGACACUUUAAGAAGAUGCUGAUUGUUUUGCUCCAGGGGACCAGAGAGGAGGAUGGUGUGGUGCAUGCAGAUCUGGUGGAGGAGGAUGCUCAGGCUCUGUAUGCUGCAGGUGAAGAACAGUGGGGGACGGAUGAGGCGAUCUUCAUCAUGCUCUUGGGCAACCGGAGCGUGACCCACCUGCAGCUGGUUUUCGACGAGUAUCAGAAGAUUACAGAGAAGUCAAUCGAGGACAGCAUUAAGAGUGAGCUGUCGGGGGACUUUGAGAGGCUGAUGCUCGCUGUUGUGCAGUGUAUCAGAAGUCGCGCCAUGUUCUUCGCCAGGCGUCUCUACAAGUCCAUGAAGGGUUUAGGAACAGCUGAUAACACCCUGAUCAGAAUAAUGAUCUCCCGCUCUGAGAUUGAUAUGCUGGACAUCAGAGAGUGCUUCAGGCUACGCUAUGACAAAUCCCUUCACAAUAUGAUUGAGGACGACACAUCUGGGGAAUACAAGCGCACGCUGCUGAAGCUGUGUGGUGGAGAUGAUGACGUUGCGGGAGAGUUCUUCCCUGAAGCUGCACAAAUUGCAUACAAGAUGUGGGAAAUCAGUGCCAUGAGCAAAGUCCAGUUAAGAGGAACAGUUCACCCUUAUGCCGAAUUUGACCCCGGCAGUGAUGCUCAGGACCUGAGGAAGGCCAUGAAAGGCUUCGGGACGGACGAGGACACGAUCAUUGACAUCAUUGCACGGAGGAGUAAUGAUCAGAGGCAGGUGAUCAGGCAGGCCUUCAAAUCGCUGCUGGGCCGGGACCUGAUGGCAGAUCUGAAGUCUGAGCUUUCCAAGAACUUGUGCCGCCUCAUCCUGGGCCUGAUGAUGACCCCACCAGAAUUUGACGCCAAAAUGAUGAGGAAAGCCAUGGAGGGAGCUGGAACAGAUGAACAUGCUCUAAUUGAGAUUCUGGUAACCAGGAGCAACCAGGACAUCCAGGCCAUGUGUGAGGCUUAUCAGGAAGCCUAUAAGAAAAGCCUGGAGGAUGCCAUUCACUCAGACACCUCAGGCCACUUCUGUCGGAUCCUGGUUUCCCUGGCGCAGGGAGGUCGUGAAGAAGGCCCUGCUGACUUGGACAAAGCAGUGCAAGAUGCCCAAGCCCUUGGUGACGCGUGCAACGCUGACUCUGAUGAGAUGAUGGAUAAGUUCAUGAGUAUUCUGUGCACACGGAGUUUCCCUCACCUGAGGAGAGUGUUCCAGGAGUUCGUCAGGUGCACCAAUAAGGACAUUGAGCUGAUCAUCAAGAAGGAGAUGUCGGGAGAUGUGAAAAAUGUCAUGCUUGCUAUUGUGAGGAGCGUGAAGAACCAACCCUCUUACUUUGCGGACCGUCUGUACAAAGCCAUGAAGGGCCUCGGUACCGAUGACAGAGCCCUGAUCCGCAUCAUGGUGUCCCGCUCGGAGAUCGACCUCUUCAACAUCCGCAAAGAAUUCAAGGAGACGCACGACGCCUCCCUGCACGACUUCAUCCAGGUAGAAGCUCUCGUCGGAGACACAUCAGGAGACUACCGUAAGACUCUGCUAAUGCUGUGUGGUGGCGAGGAUUAGAGCUGUGUGGUUGGCUGGACAAGCUGACACUCUGCUACAUCGCGACCCUGCCCUCGGUCACUGAGGUGACCUGCCGCCGCCGCCGUCUCCGCCGCCACGCCUGUGCCAAAGCUGAAGACCUCUGAACUCCUCAACCCCUGGACACGCUCAACCAAAGUCACUGUGUUUUGUGAAUGAUGUGACUUUUUUUUAUUUUUUACUGUUUCACUUCUUGGCUUUAUGUUAAAGAUGCGAGAUAAAGAAACUGCCUGGCUUUGAAACCCGGUCCACUGUUGGCUGCUGUAAGAGAUCAGACUGUGGGACUAACGUGAAACUGCUCUGAAAUAAAAGUGUUGGUCCUCUUCA